AUGUCCACCGGCAUCCCGAACGUUUCCUCGAAUUUGAACCUCGAGACGAAAGAUCUUAAGACAGCGCCGGGCGUCUCACUGAACGAGAACCAGUCCACCAUCCUCCGCUCCAUCCUCGAUCUCUUCGCGGGUAAACCUAGUUUACCUAAAUUGGCCCUCUGGCGCGACGAUGCCACCUUCACCGACCCCAUCACCAUCGCUCAGGGCCGCGACCGCUAUGCUGCGCAGUGGUACGGCCUACAACAAGCCUUUUCCGAGAUCGAGCGACUGCACCAUGAAGUCACAGAUGCAGGAAACCCCAUAUUGAUGGACUUGAAGACGCGCUACGUGAUCAAGGGGAUCAACAAGGAGCAGACGAUCAACAGUGUGGUGGCGGUGCACUUGGAUUCCGAGGGCAAGGUGCAGAAGGUGGAGGACAAGUGGGACGGGAAGCUGCCUGAGGGAAGCAUCCAAAAUGCUUUCCGGCAUCUGAACGCAGUCACGGUCCCAAAGAUGGUCUCUGUGCCGAAGAACGAGGAGGAAGAUGCGAAGAAGGGAAAUUGA